AUGUGGAGAUUGGAAAAACAAGGCAGCUCCGAAAUUGUAGGGUAUAAGAGCCAAAGUGACUUGCCAGACUAUUAUUUUGUUGGAUAUUCAUAUUCUGAUGCCAAUGAUUGUGAAUUAAGUGAAAGUAAAGGUCAUCCCCUCGAAGUGUUAUAUAAACAGUGCACUAAAUCAUCAGUAUCUUCUUUCUCUGUAAAGGCUGAAAUAAAAGACAAAAAGAUUACAUUAACAAAUUAUAAGACUGAAGACUGCACUGGAGCUGCUGAUACUACCACAGAACCCAAAGUCUUUGAACUCGAAAAAUGCAUACAUAUUGAUGGUUCAAACCGCAUGUUUUCGGAAGGUGCAUUUGAAGUCUUUGCGUUCCUUGGUCUUUUCAUUGUUUUCUUGUUUUAA